AGACAAAAAAAUCAUUCGAUCGAAUCAACAGUUUUUGAUUUUUUUUUCUUCUAGGAAGAAUAACAAACUAGGAAAAUAUUAUUCAUUACAAGGCUAAUCUACAUAUAUGUUGCGUUUGUUUAAAUUAUUUAAUUGUGUUUUAGUGUGGGUGUGUAUGAAGCGAACAUCGCACUCUUGAUUUUUCUUUUUCUACUUCUUGUUUGAUUUUAAUAAUCAUCAUUGUCGUCGUUAUUAUUUCAUAAUUUUAUAAUUUAUUUGUUUUAUACCCGGUGAUUCUGUCAUAUAUGUUGAUGGAUUGAUUUGUUUGAAUCCGAUAAUUAUCUUUCUUUCCUUUCGAAAAAAAUAAUAAUAAUUCGAUCUUGCAAAUGACAAUCGGCAAUGCAGCUUAUUUAUUAAUAUUUUUAUCCGCUUGUUUACCAAGUUUAUCUAAAUAUUUUUAUAUGUCUUAUAGACAGAUUAUUGGUGGUCUUUAUCCAUCAUAUCUUGCAUAUAAAGCACUUAAACGACGUGAUGGACCAGAAAUUACUCGAUUGGUUAUGUAUUUUAUUGUAUUUCAAAUAUACUGUUCGAUUGAAUUUUAUCUUGAUCUUUUUCUAUCAUUUUGGUUACCAUUCUAUUAUGAAAGUAAAUUAAUAUUUAUAUUUUGGCUCAUUUCACCGUAUGGAAAUGGUGCACAAAUUUUAUAUGAAAAUCUUAUACAAAGAAAAUUUGAAGAAAAUGAAGAAAAAAUUGAUAAACAAAUUGAUAAUUUAAAAAAAUUUGCAAUAAAUUCUGCAUGGAAUUUAUUUGGUAAAUUUAAUUGUUAUCUAAAUCGUUUAUUAAUAUUGGGUAUUGCAAAGGCACAAAUGGCAGCUAUACAAUAUGUACAUUUCCAACAAAAUCUUGAAAAAACAUCAAUCGAAACAAAUGAUAAUAAUGAACAAACAACAGGUGAUAUAAAUAUUGGACCAUUAAUCGAAAUAAUGGAUACAGAUAAUGAUGAAAUAACAAUGGAUCAAUCAUCAAUUCAACGUGGCAGCCGAGAAGAUGAACAACAAGAUAAUGAUGAUGAUGAAUUAAUAAAUGUCAAAAAGCCAUUACGAAAAACAAAAAGAAAACGACGACAACAGUUACAGUCGAUUGAAGACAUAUCAUCAUCACCAACACAAACAUUUAUAAUACAACAAUUAUUAUCAUCAUCAUCAAACGAAUCAAUCAAUCAUAGACCACUUACACGUUCACAAAUUGCAAAAUCGAUAAACACUGAUUGAUCGAUAUUUGGCAACUAAGUAUGUUUUUAACUUUAUAAAUAUAAUGAAAACAACAAAAACAACAACAACGAUUUUAUAAUCACACAAU